UCCUGGGUGGUGGGACCUGCAACAUGGAAUGGACAACCUUAUACGUACGACCCCUGUAGCUGUAACCUGCUUGCCCAAUGGAUCCUACAAUUCUUCUUUCUUUCUGCCACCAUAUGCACAAACUGUUGGUAAUUUUUAAGGAUCACUUCUUGAAAUUGCCAGAGCAAGCAAAAGCGAAUUCAUUUAGCUAGGUAGGCAGAUGUUAGCAUCAAUAAAGAAAUUAGGACGAGGGCUGCUACAGUCGCAUUAAUUGCAAUUGCAUGUUCCUUUCCGAAUCACAACUGGUUAAUCCCAGAAUAGAAUACACUAUACAUAUACACGUACUAGACUAGUAGAAAAUUAAGUUUCAAAAAACAUAAAAUUAUGAUCGAUGUGGUGGAAAGUGCGCGCGCGAGUAUAUAUAUUUGUAUGUGGCCCAGCCCCGUGAAAGAAUUAUGAUUGGUGCCCUGUUAAUGUUAAUUAUUAUAGGGAAGGUGUUUUUCCGCACAUGCCUCCAUCGCUGCCUAUAUAUAGAAUCAUAAGCGUGACAGCCGAAUCCUAUAAACUCUCUUUAAUCUUUUAUUAUAUAUAUACAUAUAUAUGUAUGUUCUCUAAUCCAUAAACACAGGCGCCAGGAUCACUUUAGGCGAAUCCGAUUCUGACGCCCUCAUAUAUAAUUCACAUUGAAUCAGAUUCAGACGUAGUAAUUACCUGCCGCUCACUCCGGUGCCUCUGCACUCAACCCAGGUUGGCAUUAAUUAAUUUCCAGUGGCGGAAGUGCAAUAGCAAUGGCAAUAUUAUUGUUGUUUCGUGAGGGGGAUGGCCUCAUUUCUGAUACUAAAACGGUGAAACAUAUUCACAGCAAAUCCAUCUGAUUAUUGUACCCCUUCUGGCCCUACCAAGUAUGAGAAGUAGUCAGUUCUGUAGAUAAAUUGGGAAUGAAGUCAUGAUCAGGCCCGAAAGCUAAAGUGUGAUUUGGAUUGGGAUUAUUACCCCCGGUGGUGGUACCUGCUGGACCACAAGUCAGUACCAAACAAGGCCUCGAAUAAAUAAUUAUCUAAUUACAAUCAUUUUCCUCUGGCAUUCGGCAUUUGGCAUUUGGCAUUUGGCAUUUACAAAGAGCUAUCCAAAUCCAGAGGCUGGCCAUCACCACCUCAAAUGGAUUUGCUAAGGUGCCAUUUGCACACCGGGUUUAUAAUAUGCCUCCCAAAAUUCACUGCAUCCUCAAGGAUCUAGUGCCCAAUCGGGCCUUCAGUUCAGUAGGAAGGCCCCAGCGUCGCCUUGGUGUGUCGGUCCUGAACUUGUGUUUAAGUUUCUCUCAGAAGUGGUGCAUCGUCUUAAUUUGCACCCAACACUUGUAAACUACUUUCAAGUAAACUUUCUGCACGAUUACUCUUUAAUUUCAAUUAGGAAAACAACUCCCACAAUUGAACUUGUCUCCUUCAAGUGUCCUUUGUACCGUUGAUGAUCAUAGGGGCCCUAACGUGCAUCACGUUCUAAAAGAAAAAGAGCGACCACUCAUUGAAGGGUACGUAACGUAAAUAUGUAAAUAUACUUAGAUGAUGGAUAUGAUGACCAAAAGUGUCUUGACUCCGGUCCAGGAAUUGGUGAGGUCAGCAAUAAAAUAACACAAGGCAUCACCACCCGCCAGUUACCGUUUCCAUAAAAGUACCGAUAUAUAUAUAUAUAUAUAUUCGAAGUACCGACAAGUAGGGGUACCUUCACCGUUGUUUCCUCCUCCAGUACUUAUGGACACAUUGAUUGAUCACAUGUCUUUUACCACUGCCUGCUUUGAGCUUCGCCCGAGUUUGGAUACAAGUCAUGCAAACUUUUCUUUCGAUUUUGUUUUGACGUCUCCAUUUUGUAAACAUGCUCUCCCCCUCCCCUCUGCUCCUUCGCAGGAUUUUCCUCCUGUUCUUUUAGCAUCAGAUAUUUUUGCACAUUCCAAUAGCUGGUACACAAACAGGAGAAAUCGAAACAAGGAUAGCUGCACGAAAUAUAAUUUCUGUCUGAUUUAUACAUCAAAAAACAAUUGAAGGUGGAUUAGAAUAAUUAUAAGAUGGGCUUCUGGACACUGUUCGAGGUGGCUUCCAUGCCAAUUUUGCAAGUACUGAUAAUAAGCGUGUUGGGAGCCUUCAUGGCAACUGAUUACUGCAAACUUCUGCCAGCAGACACCCGGAGAUCCUUGAAUAAGCUUGUGUUCGUGGUGUCACCCCUCGCUCAUGUUUGCAAGUCUUGCAAGACUGUCACGCUCCAGGACAUUAUUCAUUGGUGGUUUAUGCCUGUAAAUAUGAUUACUUUUCUAGUGGGAGGAAUUGUUGGAUGGAUUGUGGUUAAGAUACUGAGACCAAAGCCUCAGCUGGAGGGUCUUAUCAUUGCUACAUGUUCAUCUGGGAACUUGGGAAAUCUUCUCCUUAUAGUGGUCCCCGCAAUCUGUAAUGAGGAUGGAAGCCCGUUUGGGAAUCGUAAUGUUUGCAGCUCAGUGGGACUUUCAUACGCAUCUUUCUCCAUGGCGCUUGGUGGUUUUUACAUCUGGACUAUUACUUACCAAAUGGUAAAAACUUCAGCUGUAAAAUUCAAAGCACUUGAAGCGGCUGAAUUGGUUUCAAAAGAACCCAACAAGAACUUAGAUGCCACAGCCGAAAGUCACCUUCUGAAAGGAGAAGGUCAUCAAGAGCAACUUGCUGUAACAGUGGCAACAAAGUCUGUUGAAGAUCCAGAGAAGCAAGAGAAUGUGUCCCAAGAAACGGGGCCGAAUGAAAAAGGGAAGGCAUCGUUCUGGGUUAAAGUGGUCAGGUUUCUUCAUCAGAUUUUGGAAGAGCUCAUGGCACCUCCAACGCUUGGUGCAAUUUUGGGUUUCAUCUUUGGGGCGACCACGUGGCUGAGAAACCUUGUAAUUGGUGACGGGGCUCCGCUACGGGUAAUCCAAGACUCCAUUAAACUGCUAGGGGAUGGAACGAUUCCUUGUAUCAUCCUCGUACUAGGAGCCAACUUGAUUCAAGGUUUACGUUCAUCGACAAUUAAACCUUUGAUUAUCGUGGGAGUGGUCUGUGUUCGAUACAUUAUUCUCCCAGCUGUUGGCAUUGGGGUUGUUAAAGCAGCCGCACUUGGCUUCCUGCCACCGGACCCUUUGUUCCACUACGUGCUGAUGAUUCAGUUUACUCUGCCACCUGCCAUGAAUAUUGGUACCAUGACCGAGCUGUUUGACGUGGGUCAAGAGGAGUGCUCGGUCCUCUUCCUGUGGACAUACUUGGCUGCCGCCCUAGCACUGACCACCUGGUCAACAGUGUUCAUGUGGAUCUUGACCUGAAAGCCACCAACCCAACCUAGGAAAGCCAAAAGAAAGAGCCAUCUCCAAUCAGAUUCUUUUCUCUCCUUUGUUAGAUACUAUACAUGCUACUCGUCAUUUCCUUUUGCUGUUAGGCUUGUCAACUUGCGUGGAUAACAGCGAGAGGUCAAAGGCUUCCAUAGCGUGUAUAUAAAUAUAAUAGAUUAUGAAUGUAUGUAGGCGUAGUGAGUUGAAAAACAGAAAACCAGGACAAAGAGUACACAUCUCAAGCAGAAGGAAAGCCUUGUGCUGUUCCUUCUGUUUCUGGGGCAUAAGAUAAUUUGCAUGUAAAAUUGUAAUAGCUCAUGAUAUUCAUUUCAAUAUCAUCAUAUAGUUGGAUUCUUUCUCUUUUA